GAGAGCUGCCGCCGCGCACCGCCCGUCCCAACCGCUUCCUGCCACGGCCCGAGCGCGCGGGGCGGCGUAGCAGCCGGCCCGCCCGCCGUGACGGCAGCGGCAAGGACCGCCCCCGGCGCCCCGGAGGGCGAUGAAUGGAGCGGGUCGCUUCGCUUCGUGCCCCGAGGGACCGCCUGAACGCCGCCUCGGAAAGAACGCGGCAAGCCUCGGUGCCGUUUUCGCAGGUUUGUUUAUUUCUAUGGAUCAGCCAACCCUUAGCAUCCAAAAAAGCGUCCUCACCAUAACCACAAAUGAUACUCUGAACAUUACUUGCAGUGGUCAGAGAGCCGUGUACUGGUCCUGGCCCAAUAACCAGAGCAGUGCUGAGAAGCGCCUCGCCGUGACAAGCUGCAGUGAUGGCCCCUUCUGCAAGACCCUCACCCUCCUCAGAGUCAUAGGCAACGAUACCGGGGACUACAGGUGCCUUUAUGGAGACAGCCAGGCAGCUACAACCAUUUAUGUCUACGUUCAAGAUUACCGAUCUCCAUUUGUGACUUCAGUUGGUGAUCAACUUGGCAUUGUGUACAUCACUAAGAAUAAAACUGUGGUAGUACCAUGCCUUGGAACUGUGUCAAAUCUCAAUGUAUCUCUACAUGCGAAAUAUCCAGAAAAGAUAUUUGUUCCUGACGGUAAAUCCAUUUCAUGGGAUAAUAAAAAAGGCUUCACUAUACCCAGUCAUCUAAUCAACUACGCAGGCAUGGUCUUCUGUGAAGCUAAAAUAGAUAAUGAAAGCUACCAGUCUGUGAUAUACAUAGUUGCGGUUGUAGGUUAUCGGAUUUAUGAUCUAACAAUGAACCCACACUACCAGGUUGAGCUGGCGGUAGGAGAAAAACUCAUUCUCAAUUGUACUGUAAGGACAGAACUGAACGUGGGAAUUGAUUUUAAGUGGGACUACCCUUCCAUCAAGGAAAAGCGUGCAACCAUAAGAGAUUUAAAAACCACUGCAGGAGAAAUAAAGACGUUUGUAAGCACUCUUACCAUUGACAGUGUGAACUUAAGUGACAAGGGCCGAUACACUUGUGCAGCAUCCAGUGGUCGCAUGAACAUGAAGAACAGCAGCUACUUCAUUAUCCAUGAAAGUCCUUUUAUUCAUCUAGAGAAAAUGGAGAAUGUGGUUGAGAUGAAGUUAGGUGAUACAGUCAGUAUUCCUGUGAAGUUUAAAGGAUAUCCUUCUCCAGAGGCAAAAUGGUACAAAAAUGGAAAAGUCAUGAAUGCAAAUCAUACAAUUAAGCUUGGCUACACGUUAGUAAUCACUGAAGCAACAGAGAAGGAUGCUGGGAAUUACACUGUUGUUCUUACAAACCCUACCAACAAGAUGCAGAAGAGACAUACAUUCACCCUGCUCGUGAAUGUCCCCCCCCAGAUUGGUGAGAACGCGCUGAUGGCCCCUGUUGACUCCUACAAGUAUGGCUCGACGCAGGCGCUCACCUGCACCAUCUAUGCUGUCCCGCCACCCGCCGCUGUCCUGUGGUACUGGCAGCUGGAGGAGGAGUGCACUUUCAGCCCCCAAAAAGUUCGCUUGGGAGCCAAUCCAUAUGCAUGCAGAAAAUGGAAAGUGAUCUCAGAGAGAAAGGGUGGGAAUCAGGUUGAAAUCAAACAGCGAGUUGUUACUAUUGCUGGGAAAACAAAGACUGUGAGCACCCUUGUGAUUCAAGCAGCAAAUGUAUCUGCUUUGUACAGAUGUAUGGCUACUAACAAAGCUGGAUCAAGUGAGAGAGUUAUCUCCUUUCAUGUGACCAGAGGUCUUGAAAUUAAUCUCCAGCCUCGGAGUCAACUGACAGAGAAGGAUAACACGUCCUUGCAAUGCACAGCUGAUAAAUUCACCUUUGAGAAGCUAUCGUGGUACAAACUUAGUGCUCACACCUCACAGACACCCUUUGGAGGGCUGCCCAUGCCUGUUUGCAAGAAUCUUGAUGCUCUUCAGAAGCUGAAUGCAACUGUUUCAAAUACCAAUGGUGAAAAUGUCACGUUAGAACUCAUCCUCCGUAACAUCUCCCUCCAGGAUGGAGGCGACUACGUUUGCAUUGCUCAGGACAAAAAGGCUAAAACACAGCACUGCCUGGUGAAGCACCUCACUGUUCAAGAGCCCAUGGCGCCCACACUUGUGGGAAAUCUGGAAAAUCAAACAACAAACAUUGGUGAAACCAUAGAAGUGUCAUGCACAGUGAAUGGCAUUCCUCCUCCAAACAUCACGUGGUUUAAAAAUAGUGAAACACUUUUUGAAGAUUCAGGUAUUGUUUUGAAAGAUGGAAAUAAAACACUAACUAUACGUAGAGUGAGGAAAGAAGAUGGAGGGCUGUACUCCUGCCUUGCCUGCAAUAUUCUUGGAUGCAAAAAAGCAGAGGCUUUUUUUUCAGUGCAAGGCGCUGAAGAGAAAACAAAUCUGGAGCUCAUUAUCCUUGUUGGCACUGCAGUGAUUGCCAUGUUCUUCUGGUUGCUUCUUGUAAUCAUCCUUCGAACCGUUAAGCGGGCCAAUGGAGGCGACAUGAAGACUGGCUACUUGUCAAUCAUCAUGGAUCCUGAUGAAGUCCCCAUAGACGAGCACUGCGAGCGGCUUCCAUAUGAUGCCAGCAAGUGGGAGUUUCCCAGAGACCGACUGAAGCUAGGUAAACCUCUUGGGCGUGGAGCUUUUGGCCAAGUCAUAGAAGCUGAUGCCUUUGGGAUUGACAAAACUGCUACCUGCAGAACUGUGGCAGUCAAAAUGCUUAAAGAGGGUGCAACCCACAGCGAGCACAGAGCACUUAUGUCCGAGCUGAAGAUCCUCAUUCACAUUGGUCAUCAUCUCAAUGUUGUCAAUUUACUUGGAGCCUGCACAAAGCCAGGAGGCCCACUCAUGGUGAUUGUGGAAUACUGCAAGUUUGGAAAUCUCUCAGCAUACUUACGGAGCAAGAGGAGUGAAUUUGUCCCAUACAAGACUAAAAGUGCCAGAUUUCGUCAAGGUAAAGAGAAUUACACUGGGGACAUCUCCACAGACCUGAAGCAACGGUUGGACAGCAUCACAAGCAGCCAGAGCUCUGCAAGCUCUGGGUUUGUGGAAGAGCGGUCCCUGAGCGAUGUGGAAGAGGAGGACGCUGGUUCUGAAGACCUUUGCAAGAACCCUUUGACCAUGGAGGACCUCAUCUGUUAUAGCUUCCAGGUGGCGAGGGGAAUGGAGUUCUUAGCUUCACGCAAAUGCAUCCACAGGGACCUGGCUGCUCGUAAUAUCCUCUUGUCAGACAAUAACGUGGUCAAAAUCUGUGAUUUUGGCUUGGCUCGAGACAUCUACAAAGACCCAGAUUACGUCAGAAAAGGAGAUGCUAGGCUACCGCUAAAAUGGAUGGCACCAGAAACCAUUUUUGAUAGAGUGUAUACCAUUCAGAGUGAUGUGUGGUCCUUUGGAGUUCUGCUGUGGGAAAUAUUUUCAUUAGGUGCAUCACCAUAUCCUGGAGUGAAAAUUGAUGAGGAAUUUUGCAGAAGACUGAAGGAAGGGACAAGAAUGAGAGCACCAGACUAUACUACACCAGAAAUGUACCAAACUAUGUUGGAUUGCUGGCAUGGAAAUCCUAAGCAGAGACCAACUUUUUCAGAACUGGUGGAGCACCUGGGGAAUUUACUGCAAGCCAAUGUCCGUCAGGAUGGUAAAGACUACGUUGUCCUUCCUUUGUCAGUAUCGCUGAAUAUGGAAGAGGAUUCGGGUCUCUCUCUCCCAACUUCACCUGCUUCCUGUAAGGAGGAAGAGGAAGUCUGUGAUCCUAAAUUCCAUUAUGACAACACAGCAGGAAUUAGUCAGUACCGACAAGGUAGCAAAAGAAAAAGCCGACCUGUGAGUGUGAAAACGUUUGAAGAUAUCCCAUUGGUAACCACAGUAAAAAUUGUUCAAGAGGAAAACCAGACAGACAGUGGGAUGGUUCUUGCAUCUGAAGAGCUGAAGACACUGGAAGAGCGAGAUAAACAAGUCAAAAUACCCUUCAGCACACUAGUGCCCAGCAAGAGCAAUGAGUCUGUCAUGUCCGAGGCCUCCAACCAGACGAGUGGCUAUCAGUCGGGGUACCACUCAGACGACAUGGACAACAUGGUCUGUUCCAGUGAGGAGACUGAACUCUUGUGUGCCCAGGAGGCCUCCCCUGCACUGCCCCGUGUGCACAGCCUGGUGUAUGACAGCCCUGCGCCUCUUGCGUCCCCGCCACUCUAGGCUGAAACUAGUGGCUCCAGGUGCCCUGGGAUGUGCCUUCCUUGUCUCCACUGGUGGUAUUCACAUUUGGUGUGUACAGAGACUGCGGCUGUGGGCCUAGGGAAAGACGUUUAUUUUUUCAGGAAGAGGAUACAGGAGCAUCUUGCAGCCCAAAGGCAGUGCCAGGCUGCAGGGUGCUUUCCUCCAGAGACACUUGUGGCUGAGGACGUGAAGCCCUGGCUGCAGUGUGUGGGUGCAGUGUCAACCCUAUGGCAGAGGUAACAUGAUGGCCUUUAGGACCUCGGUGACAGGCUGAGCCCAACACAGACACAGGCAUGGCGUUCAGUUCAACUGUUUCUAAUUGUACGAAAUAAAGGCACAGCCCUGCUCUUUUGUUUUUCCCGGCUGGACUCCAGGAAGGAAACAGCACAGCGCUGGCUUCUUGUUUCUCAGAGUUAUCCCGUGCCUGCACCUCCACAAACAAAAAAAGGAACCUCCAGCUCAAGGCUCUGGCACUCACCAAUAGCCUGAGGCUAAACAUAGGCUGGGCUAAAUAUAGGUGGGGGAGGUGGUCUCUGUUCUUUGUGGAGAAAAAUGUUUCUGUACUAGACCUCAUGAUCUCCGUCUCCUUGGGGAAGAUGUGCUUGGUGACACUAAUUAGGAGGGGCAGCCUGAUGAUGGGACAUGGGUGCAUGGGUCAUGUCUACCAUGGUGAUGUCUCUGCCCCACGUCCUCCCCAGCACCCUCAGUCCUUGCCAGGCACCUAAUCACCUGUGAGCUAGUCAGGAGUGCUGCAGAAAAUUCCCCUCUGAACUCUCUCUGGGGCAGAGGUAGGAAGGGAGGGUUAAUUUGCUUUAGGACCAUAGACAGCUCUGAGGUCCUGAUGGGUUAUCCAAAGGGCACUCUGCCUUCUUUUCUCAUCCCUUUUCCCCAGAUAUAAGUCACAUCUGGCACUGACAAACUCAAAGUUUGCUUGCACCAGCAGAGACUGUGGUUUAUGUAGUCUUGGGAAUCUGUGACUGGUUUCAUGGCAGCUCCAAUCUUCUCCAAGUGGUGAGAUUGUAAUUAAUUGUUGGACAACUUCUUACUGUGCUCUUGUAGUCCCAGAGCUCUGUUGAUAGACACAAUGCAGACUACAAGGUUUUAAAAUGUAAAGCUAUUUCUACUGAGUUCUUUUUUGUAUUUUUAUAUUGUUGGAUUAUUUUGUUUGUUUGUACUUACUAUAAAGUCAAAUGCUGGGAACCAUGAAUAUAAGGCACAUACAGUAUUUAUAGCCUCCUUAUGUAGAAAUAAAUGUAAUAUAUUAAAAUAUAAAUAUAUAUAUUAUA